AUUGACCAGAAUGUCUAUAAUUAACAACUGGGGUUUCUGGUGAGACUAUAGUUAAUCGACGACCUUUGAACGAAUCUUAAGUGACCCUGAGAAAUAUUAGCCAAUCAGAAAACAGUAUGGAGUAAAAUUAUAUUAUACGAAACCAAAGAAUUAAAGUGGAUACACUUCUUUUACAUGGUUCAUGUCCCUUUUGGGAUGACUUGUCGUAAAUUCCAAGGACCUAUGAGAUACAGCAGUAAUUUGAUUAACAUGGUCGCAAAUAAAGGGACUUCUCAAUAAUUACAUUUGUUGUAUCCGCUCAAUUAUCACGUCUUCUCUAAAAUCCGCUGUAAACCGUUCGUACGUGAGCAUCAGGUACUGAAUUUCGCGCCGUGACCUUGAAAUCACUCAAACGCUCCUGAUUGGCUCGUCCAUAAUUUAUAAUCUCGGCGUAUGUAUGUAUGUAUGUAUGUAUGUAUGUAUGUAUGUAUGAGGUAACUGAUGCACAUCAGGAAAUUCAGAAGAUAUACCAUCUGAUUUUUUGAAGUGGACUGUUUUCUAUCAUUUCUGUGAUACAAUCCUUUCUAUCGUUCUAUAGACAUACAUUUUUCAUAUAACUAUAUAUACGAAUGUACAACUUAAGUAAAUGAUUUCGUCGAAAAGAAAAUUUUCUUCGCUGAAUUCUCUUCUUCUCAUUUCUGUAGUCUUUAUUUUAAAGGAAAUUUUGUUUACAAUAAAUAUCAGUGUAUUUGACAGUUUUAAUUUUAAUCUCGUUCGAUUAGCUGAUGAAAAUCAGUAAAUAUCGUUUGAAUUAACCGAUUAACAAUUGUAAUGAAUAGUUAUACGUAUAAAUUUUCAUUAAAAUGACAUUCAUAUUAAACGUAUAUUGUAGGAUUCAAGUAUUCAUGAUUGAUAAACUGUAGUGUUAACAGUAGUCAUAACAUUAGCAACGAUAGUUUUAUUCAGUACCAUAAAUUUUGUUACAAUAAUAAAUUGUUAACACUGAUUGUAUUAACACUAGAACAACUUAGUAUGUAUUCAAAUUGUAAUGAUUUGGAAAUAUCUUUCAUAGAUCAUUUCAAUUAUCACCCGAUUACUGCUUAUACUUUUACUACCUCUACCACUACGGGAUUUGAAUUGACAACUGCAUCUCUGUGAUAAUUUGGUAUGGCAACUAGAACUGAUGUACGUACGUAAGAAGUUCUACGAUGCUACUGACUGACUGACUCAAUUAUCACUUCGCCGCCAAUCUACAAUUAUGAAAGUUUUCGACCAGUUCAAUUGUUACGCCUAUUUUUUGGUCAACCAUCAAAUAUAUUGAUGAUGCAUAAACCCCGAUAUAUUUGUCUUGGAUUCUUACGAAGGAUAUAUCAAGAGAAAAAUUUACAAAUAAGUGUAUUGUUUUCAUUAGAGUUUUUUGGUAUUUGGCAUAGUAAUAACUUUUAAUGAUAACAGCAAUCUACUACAUGCAGUUUGUCUGCAUAAAUAUUCAGUUCAAGUAAAUCCAAUACGUAAUAGUUCAUUGUAGUAUAAUAAGUUGAAAAAUAGAUAAUGCAAACGUUUGAAUUGGCCUCUUCACACUUUCUAUUCAAAAAGAGUUAGCAUGUGUUUGUUUUUUGAUAAGCUUAAUUCAUUUGAUCGUCAACUUUUGAACGUUUGUAUCUGGAUACUUAACUGAAUAAAAAAAGCACCUAGGAGCCUUUAACAAUAUAAAUCGUUUGUCCAUUAAAUGAGCUUUCAAUCUAGCUAAAGACUAUCAUACAAGACUAUUGAAAAUUUGAUUUUAUUCUUCUUGUAAAUCACAUAAAUAAUUUACCAAUAUUAAUAUUACUCAUAUUCUAUCAGCUUUUCUUUAGUGCGAACAUUACAUGUGUUUAUUUUCCAGUUUUCCAGUGUAGUACACAUAAUAUUUCCAAUUGGACAUAUAUAGAUACAUAACUAUAUAAUAUAAACGAUUGAAAUAUUCCAAUCAACAUGGUUUUUGGAAAACAAAAAUUAUCUCAAUUAUUUGAUUUUACCAAAUUUGCUGCUAUAAGUAAUGUUUCAUUAGAUCCUCGAAAAAUAAUGGAACGUAAUACUAAUCUUCAAAAGAUUUUUAAAAUAUUAGCAUUAAUUAUUUUGGUGAUCAGUUUUAUUGGACUAAUAAUUAUCAUUGUCUUGUAUAUUAUAAGUCAUAACAUUCCAGAUGUGUAUUCAGUGGUGAUUGAUGCAGGAUCAACUUCUUCAAAACUUCAUUUAUAUAAAUGGAUCGAUGAACCAUUUCGAUCAAAUGGAAAAGUUGAUGAAGUAACUAAUGAAAAAGUUUCUCCUGGCAUAUCAGCUUAUAUUAAUGAACCAAUUAAAGCUUAUGAAAUAUUAAAACCGAAACUUGUUAGAUUAACGAGUAAAUUAACAGUUGAACAAAAAAAGCGUACACCAAUUUAUUUGGCUGCGACUGCUGGUAUGCGAUUAAAAUUAAUUGAAGAUCCGUUAGGAAGUUUAGAUUUAUUCUCAGUACUUCGUCAUUAUUUUAAACAGUCUGGUUUUCAAAUUGAAACACCAAAUGAACGUAUUCGUUUAUUGUAUGGAUCAGAAGAAGGACUUUAUGGUUGGGUAUCAGUGAAUUAUAUUUUAGGUAAUAUUAAAGAAGGUAAACAAACAAAUCCUACUGAUACAGUUGGUUCUUUGGAUCUUGGUGGAGCUAGUACACAAAUUGCAUUUGUUCCUAGACAAUAUUCAACUAUACCAACAGAACAUUUAAACUUUUAUCCACUCCGAUUAUAUGGAAAUGAUUUUUCAGUAUAUAGUCAUAGUUUUUUGUGCUAUGGAAAAUCGGAGUUUGAAAGACGUUUAAUGACUUCCAUUGUAGCACAAUUUCCUUUACAAAAUGAAAUUCCUAAUCCAUGUUUUCUUCAAGGCUAUAAAUCGGAUUUGUACAAUGCACUUGAGUGGUUCACUGGAAGUUGUUUAUCUGGAACUUAUGCAAAGAAAACAUUUUCUGAGGAAAUUUUCCGACCUCCUAAUAUGAAUAGUUUUUCAUUUACCGGUAUAGGACAACCUAAUGAAUGUGUCAAUUAUAUCCAAAAACAUUUUCAAACAAAAUGCAAUUUUUCAUCAUGUUCAUUCAACAAUGUUUUUCAACCAGCUCCAUUUGGAAAGUUUUUGGCAUAUUCUGGAUUUUCUUAUGUGAUGCAGUAUUUAUUUCCUAACAAGAAGACAGGAUUUACACUAACAGAAGUUACUGAAGCUGUUACGAAUUUUUGCAAAAAACCGUGGAAAGAUGUGGCUAAAAUUACAAAACCUUCUGACUAUGGAUUUACUGCUAAAUAUUGUUUUGAUGGUUUAUAUAUUAUUCAAUUAUUGAAAAUGUAUGGUUUUACUACGGACGAAUUAUGGAAAACACUUACAUUUGAUUCGAAGGUUAAUGAUAAAUCAGUUAGCUGGGCAUUAGGCUACAUGUUAGAUCAAUCUGGUCAUUUACCAAGUGAAAGUCCAAAAGUUUCUUUCAGUACAAAAUUAUUUGUUGGUCUAUUUAUUCUACUACUUCUAUUCAUCAUCGGUUCAAUUAUUGGACUAUUAUUAAUUAGAAACUUUUUGUCCAAAUCGAAAAAGUCAUCUAGUCAGGUAUAAAUUAUGUGUAAACAACAAAAACAACCAUCAUAAAUCCAUAAAUUCCAUUUUACAAUCUAUUGUGUAAUACAUCAACUAAUCAGUAUCUUUUCUUUGAUCUUCGGUUUAAUGCCACAUAUUCUCUCUCUCUCUCUCUCUUUGUGUAUAAUAGUAAAACAAAAAAGGAAAUAAAAUCAUAAUUACGGUUCAAUGCCUUCAUUGGAUUUCGAAAAUAACUAACUGACAACAACAAAUAAAUAGGCAAUACUUUUUGUUGCCAAGUAAUGAUAAUAAUAAUAAUAGUAACAAUCAUAUGCAGCAUACUAAAACCAACAAAAAAAACGCACAAGAAUUCCAAUAAUCAUUAGAAAUGAUUUUAAAGUUUUCACAGUUCUAUUUUCUUUGCAUUUUAACUGUUAUACAGACAAUUCUAUGAACAAACUAACUGCAAAAUAAUAAUUUUGCUAUUUUUGUAUACGUAACAACGUGUCUUUAAAACAAUUAAAUAAAUAAAUCGUGGUAGUUAAUUUUCCUCUCCCCCCCCAGUUGUUUUGUUAAUUUAGGAUAUUUUUUAUCGUUUUGUGUUGUUAAAUUGUGUAAUUUUCUUUUUCAAUAUCAAUAUUCUUACUGUUUAUUCUUUCCCCAGACUUAAGUGGUCAAUCAUAACUAUGUAUUUUGGUGUGUGUGUGUUUUAUUUUUUAUGUGUGUUUAUCUAACCAUAUUAUAUAUAUACGUAAGUUGUGUAUUCAUCUUUUCUUCUGAUUGGUUUGUUCAUACAUUUAUUUCGCAGCUUUUUAUUGGUUAUCGUUCUAUUCGCACUUAACGUUGUCGGAAAUAAGUAAAGGAGUUAAUCCAUGUCGGGUAGAAACAGAUGUCUACCUCAGUACAAUGGAAGAUGGUCGCGCAAUUUCGUGGAUUAGUUGAGGUUAGACAUUAACACCAUUGGAUGCCGGGUCAGUGGUCUAAUUGGUUAAGCGUCUGACGUGAGACUGAUAGACCCUGGGUUCGAAUUUCGCGGGGUGCGGGAUUGUGGAUGCGCAUUGCUGAGGAGUCCCAUACUAGGAC